AUGGCUCGGGCGGGAGGGCUUACUUUCCUUCUAUGUCUGUCAAAUCAUGUGCCUGAAGCGAAUGUCGCCGUUGGCGGCCUUGGCAUUCUUGACGGGGGUCUUGGUGGUCUUGUAGGCGGUCUUACAGGCGGUCUUGGUGGUCUUGGCGGUGUUGUGGGCGGUGUUGUGGGCGGUGUUGCAGGCGAUCUUGAAGUCGAUAUUGUUGCCGAGGUUGCAGUCGAUAUUGUUGCCGAGGUUGCAGCCGAUGAUGCAGCCGAUCUUGCAGCUAGUGUUGUAUGUGGUGUUACAGGCGGUGUUGCAGGCCGUGCUGCAGCCGAUGUUGUAGUCGGUGUUGCAGCUGAUGUUGCAGCCGUUGUUGCAGCCGAUGUUGCAGGCGGUCUUGCAGGGGGUCGUGGGGUGUCGCAGCCGGUGUUGCAGGCGAUGCUGCUGCCGAUGUUGCAGCAGGUGUUGCAGAUGCACCCGAUGGCCAGGAAUAACCGAUGA